GCAGCGACCAAUCAGCGGCCGCCGCUGGCAGUGACGCACGCGCGCGCCGGGCGCUCUCCCAUUCACAAGGCGGGCGGUUAGGAGGGGGAGCGGAAGCAGGGCCUCGUGCGCGCGGUGACAUCACUAGCCGGCGGAGGAGACCAGAGCGAGACCCGGGCACCGGCGGACACGUGACCUCACCCCGAUCACAGCCAGGGAGGCAGCCAGUCAGCCAUGGGCGACGGAGAGAAACUCAACAUCGACUCCAUCAUACAGAGACUGCUAGAGGUCAAAGGAUGUCGCCCAGGGAAGAAUGUUCAACUGACGGAAAAUGAGAUCCGGGGAUUGUGUCUGAAAUCUCGUGAAAUCUUUCUGAGCCAACCUAUCCUGCUUGAGUUGGAGGCCCCACUCAAGAUCUGCGGUGAUGUACAUGGCCAGUACUAUGACCUCCUGAGACUGUUUGAAUAUGGUGGGUUUCCUCCAGAGAGUAACUAUCUGUUCCUUGGGGACUAUGUGGAUCGUGGGAAGCAGUCACUGGAGACCAUCUGCCUGCUUCUCGCUUACAAGAUCAAAUAUCCAGAGAACUUCUUCCUGCUGCGUGGGAACCACGAGUGCGCCAGCAUCAACCGCAUCUAUGGCUUCUAUGACGAAUGUAAGAGGCGGUAUAACAUCAAACUAUGGAAGACUUUCACAGACUGCUUUAAUUGUUUACCAGUGGCUGCAAUUGUGGAUGAGAAGAUCUUCUGCUGUCAUGGAGGACUUUCCCCUGACUUGCAGUCUAUGGAGCAAGUGAGGAGGAUCUUGCGCCCCACAGAUGUACCAGACCAAGGACUUCUAUGUGAUCUGCUGUGGUCUGACCCAGAUAAAGAUGUCCUUGGUUGGGGUGAGAAUGACAGGGGAGUUUCAUUCACCUUUGGAGCAGAUGUUGUGGCCAAAUUUCUUCACAAGCAUGACCUGGAUCUAAUCUGCCGAGCCCACCAGGUGGUGGAAGAUGGCUAUGAGUUCUUUGCUAAGAGACAGCUGGUGACCUUGUUCUCGGCUCCCAAUUACUGUGGAGAGUUUGACAAUGCUGGCUCAAUGAUGAGCGUGGAUGAAUCACUAAUGUGUUCUUUCCAGAUCCUGAAACCUGCUGACAAGAAACUGUUCGCUUAUGGCGGAGUAAACCAGACCCGCCCCGUUACCCCACCCAGAAAUUCGGCCAAGAAUAAACAGAAGAAAUGACAUGUCGAGGCUCCUACCAGCUCUUCCCCGACUCCCCGCCACCUCACACACUGACCUCCGGCCUCGUUUCAUCUGAACUUUCUCCCUCUCUCCCUUGGUAGUGGGAGGUGGAGGCUGAGAGAUUCUACUUACCUCGCACUGACUUUUGGGAUGAGGGGGAGGAUGGAGGGCGCCUGUGAAAUGAGCUGAUUUUCUGCCUUAAUCCUUAGAAGCGGCCAGCAAGAAUCGCUGCAUCUACAACCUCGCAAGCUGCAGGCACGGAAGAAAAAUAACUAGUUUCUCAUGGCAAUGCCUUAAUGCAAGUGAAUACCGGUAAAUCAGAUGAAAUCUCAGGGUUACACCUUACAGGUCUUGCAAAUUUCUGGACAAUGGCAAAAAAUCAAUCAAAUCCUCACUUUGUAGCCUAGUAGCUGCAAAUGGUUAACUUGUCUACCUGCAUUUCAGUAUGCCUGGGCUUUCUCUAGCUCUCUAACAAGGGGUCUUCAUUUUGUGACAGCUGGAAUAUAUAUAUAUAUUUUUUUUUUCUCCCCUGAACAUUGCCCAGUGAUCCAUUCCAGACAUAUUAGUCUACACAUGUCUUAUGGCUAUAAUCCUCUUAUUUUUCUGUAUCUAAAUUGCCUGUUUGUUUGAGAGUGGUAGGGCUUGGCUACAUUACUGGUGGGUUCCAGGUAUCAUGCUCAGCCGAUCAUAAAGAGCUGAGCAUUAUAAUUUACAACCCUUGAAGGUCUAAGGAAGGAGCCAGUUUAUUUUAUUUUGUGGUUCCCUUUCCUUAAUGAGGAAGUUGCCAAAUUUGGGGGAUUAAAUAAUUGGAUCACAAUUUAUAAAAAAAUAAAAAUUCUCUCCCAUCCCUCCCCCUCCCCAUGACUGUCCUUUUCAAAUGUGGAAACCUGCAUGCUAUGUCUUUUUAUUUUUAUUAUUUUAAAUCAAUUUUUUUUCUUACAUUUUGGCUGCAGUGUUUGUUGGGUUUAAUUCUAGAAUACUGUAUGUUGACUGCCAUCUAGGUGUUAUGAGAUGGGACCAGCGACCAAUCUCCUCACUUUUGGAAUUGUGUAAUGAAAAGGGAAUCGGAACUAAAGGAGCAUGUCUUCCGAAUACUUUAGAAGGCCAUGCACUGGCAUGGGAUACGCUGCUGUCCUAAUACUUGUGGACCAUCUGUGUAACCUUGGAGAGGUAGCUAAAAGGUGCAUAACCACUAUGGUGCUUCUCACGUUGCUGCUGUAAAUUCUCGUGGUGUUAUACAGUUUAUGCGGCAGUGUGAAAGAACCAAUCAGAGCUCUGAAGGGUGUUUUUUGUUUUGUUCUUUGUUCCGCUUCUUACCUCUUUGUCUCGCAAUACUUUAUGUGCAGAUCUCCCAUGUGCCGGAAUGUCACUUUAAUUUUCCAAAGCUUCCACCCAAUUUUAAUUAAUUUCCUGAACCACUACUCUGUUUGCCUCUUAUUUUAUUAUUUUUAAUUCGUAGGCCAUCCAUAUGUGGUAGUGAGUUACACAUGUACUUUUUUUUUUUGUGAAAAUUUUUGUUGACCUAUUAAAAAGGAUGUGAGCUUGA